AUGGCCGCAGAGCUUGGAAAGCUUGUGCUUGAGGCCGGCUUCCCUCCUGGCGUUUUCCAGGUUUUGACAGGUGAUGGUUCGACAGGUGCAGCUCUCGCUUCGCAUAUGCGCGUUGCAAAGGUAAGCUUCACAGGAAGUAUCCCCACAGGAAAGAUCGUGCAGGUUCUGGCAGCCCAAAGCAACUUGAAGCGGGUGACGCUGGAGCUCGGAGGAAAGAGUCCUGCUGUGGUCUUUGACGAUGCGAAUCUCGAGAACGCAGUCAAAUGGGCUGUCAACGCACUCGUCACCAACUCUGGUCAGAUCUGCUUCGCAGCGACCAGAGUCUUUGUGCAAUCCAAGAUUUACGACAAAUUCGUAGCAGCUUACGUGGAGCGUCUCAAGGCAAAGAAGGAGGUUCUCGGUGACCCGGAGGCGCCCGGUACCGAGAUAGGACCUGUCGUGGACAAAGCCCAGUACGAUCGCAUCAUGGGUAUUAUAUCUUCUGCCAAGAAAAACAACGACGGAAAAGUGUUGACCGGGGGGCAACGAGUGGGUGAAAAGGCGAGUGACGGAUACUUUAUCGAACCCACCGUUUUUGCCGAGACAGACAAGACAUCCUUCAUCUACAAGGAAGAGAUCUUUGGACCAGUCGCUGUUAUCAACAAGUUCGACACGGAGGAGGAAAUCCUCGAGUUAGCCAACGACAGCAAGUACGGACUCAUGGCCGGGGUCUUCACUCAGGAUAUCAGCCGGGCGCUUCGUUUGAGCUCGCUGAUUGACUCUGGAGUUGUGGGCAUCAACUGCAUCAGCACCAUCUCGUUUUCGUGUCCUUUUGGUGGUACCAAGGAAAGUGGACUUGGUCGAGAGAAUGGAGAGCACGCGUUGAGAGCAUAUACAGAGCCAAAGACAAUUCUGAUCAACAUGGCAUAUUAG